CAACAUCCGGCGAUCCGGCGCCCACAUGAGGAUUUCAUCUGAGCUCAUCGACACUUUGAAGUUUUUCAGCAGCUUUCAGGAUGACGAAAGAAGACGAAAACGCAGCACUUGGACCGGACGGCCAGCCACUAUCAAAGAAGGCCCUCAAAAAGCAAGCGAAAGAGCAAGAAAAGGCAGCAAAGAAGUCGUCCAGACAGUCAGCGGAAGAUGCCAGCAAGCAGGCCGGAGAUACUGAGGUUGAUUACUCGGAGGGGCAUUACGGCAAGAUGGCUAUGUUGCAAUCUUCCGAGAAAGUUUCACGGGAACUUGCAAAAGUCAAAGAUCUUUCAUCGUCUAUUGCCGGCAGCUAUAUCUGGAUAAGAGGACGACUACACACUAGCAGGUCUAAAGGUAAACAAACUUGUGAGCUAUUGGAGUGGUUCAAGAACCUUAAUGUCGCUCUUCUCACAGGAAAACAGUGCUUCUUUGUCCUGCGUCAGCAGCAGUACACUGUGCAAUGCCUUGUUGCUGUAUCUGAGAAAGUGAGCAAGGCAAUGGUCAAGUUUUGUGCCUUAGUCACAAAGGAGUCCUUGCUGGAUGUGUACGGCAUUGUACAGUCUUCUCCGCAGAAGGUGGAAGGCUGCACUCAGCAAGACAUAGAACUGCACAUCGAGCAGCUGUUUGUGGUGAGUGCGGCCGAGCCACGCCUGCCGCUCCAGGUGGAGGAUGCAGCCAGGCCGGAAAAUGAGGACGAUCCAGAAGGGCUGAACAUCAGGGUGAACCAAGACACUCGUCUGGACAACCGCAUCCUAGACCUGAGGACACCCGCCAACCAGGCCAUCUACAGACUGCAGGCUGGGGUGUGCAGCCUCUUCAGGGAGUCCCUAGCCGCCAGGGGCUUCAUGGAGAUACACACUCCCAAGAUCAUAUCUGCGGCGAGUGAGGGUGGUGCCAAUGUGUUUGAGGUGUCCUACUUCAAGGGCAGUGCCUACCUUGCCCAGUCCCCUCAACUAUACAAGCAGAUGGCAAUCGCCUCUGACUUUGACAAGGUCUUCACUGUUGGAGCCGUGUUCCGAGCGGAAGACUCCAAUACACACAGACACUUGUGCGAGUUUGUGGGCUUGGACUUGGAGAUGGCCUUCAACUAUCACUACCACGAGGUGCUGGACAUCAUAGGCCAGAUGUUUGUGGACAUCUUCAAAGGACUACGUGACAGGUAUUCUGACGAAAUUGCCGCUGUCAAUCGUCAGUUCCCUGCUCCUCCAUUCAAGUUCUUGGAACCCAGCCUGCGCCUGGAAUUCCCUGAAGCUGUAGCCAUGCUUAGAGCGGCAGGAGUGGAAAUGGAUGAUGAAGAGGACCUGAGCACCCCCAACGAAAAGUUGCUUGGCCGACUGGUGAAGGCAAAGUAUGACACAGACUUCUACAUCUUGGACAAGUACCCGCUCAAGGUGCGGCCCUUCUACACCAUGCCAGACCCGCACAAUGCCAAAGUGUCCAACUCUUACGACAUGUUUAUGCGAGGAGAAGAAAUCCUGUCGGGGGCUCAGCGAAUUCACGACCCAACCUUCUUGACCGAACGGGCCAAGGAACACGGAGUUGAUGUAAGCAAGAUCAAGGCCUACAUAGACUCGUUCCGGUACGGCGUGGCACCGCACGCGGGCGGCGGAAUCGGCCUGGAGCGUGUCACCAUGUUGUACCUGGGGCUGGACAACAUCAGAAAAACAUCCAUGUUCCCCCGCGACCCCAAGAGGCUGACCCCUUGAUCGCCAUGAGCCCCACCCUGCGGCUACCUAUGCCGUUCGCUCAAGCGGGGUUGUCAAGACUAAUGCGGUGCUUCUCUUGCGCAACUCCGACAAAAUAAACAUCUGUCUCCCUCUGUUAUAAGACAGAUUAGUCAUAAAAUGUU